CUUGUAUUAAAAAAAAAAAAAAAAAACUCUUACGACACAACAUUAAUUCCAACCAUUGCUGACCAUCCUGCUGAUAAAACGUCAUCAUGUAUAAGAUGUAAGUAAGGGAGUAUAUAUAUAUAUGAUGGAUUCCAAAUGGAGAAGAGAACAGGAUUUGGCUUUUGAGAAUGCUUUGGUUGCAAAUGAUCAUCCUGAAGAAAAAGAGGGUUCAAAAGAUUGGUGGGAUAAUAUUGCCUCCAAAGUUCCAGGAAAAUCGGUAGAACAAGUUAAGCAUCACUAUGAGUUGUUACUUGAUGAUUUGGACCGUAUUGAGUCCGGUGUAGUUCCCCUGCCUUGCUAUACAGCCACCUCUUCUGCUCAUCAUUCAUCAUAUUUUGGUUGUGAUCAUGAUGGAACCAGCAAUGACAAUUAUAAAAGUAAGGCUUCCAAAGCAGAUCAGGAGCGUCGUAAAGGUGUUCCUUGGACCGAGGAUGAACACAGGCUAUUUCUUGUUGGUUUGGAAGAAUAUGGGAAAGGCGAUUGGAGAAGUAUAUCCAGGAAACAUGUGUUAACAAGAACACCCACUCAAGUUGCAAGUCAUGCCCAAAAGUAUUUCAUCCGCUUGAAUUCAAUCAACAGAGAAAGGAAGCGAUCAAGCAUUCAUGAUAUUACUAACGGGGACACAUCAUUAGCUCCUAAAGCUGCAAUCACGGGUCAAACAAACACUUCUUCUGUAGGUAAACCAAGCAAACCAAAUCAUGGUUAAGCAUGUAAGGACGUAUUGCCGUUUUUCUUUACAACUCUAAUAAUAUAGCUACAGAGAAAAUCUUCCAUUUGUAGUCCGGUGUGACAAAACUUUUGAGAACAUAGUUGUAUUAGAUAGGCUUGACGAUUUUUAUUUAAAUAUAUAGUGGAUAUAUCAUAUGACACUCUAUGCUAGAAUGCCUGAAUUGUGAAAUUUCCGCAGACUGACCCUAAACAAAUAUGGAAGAACUGUGAAGGAUUCACCAAAUGUUUAUACACUUCGUGUGGUAGUGUGGUACCAUGAAGCGUGACAAUAUGACCACCGGAACAUUGUUGCAUUUUUUAUGAUUGAACCAUGUGUGAACACUUGUACAGAUGAAAAUGGAAGCAUGUGCGAGUCUGCACUAUUGUGUGA